AAUAUAUCUCAAUCCGAAAUGGCUGUAAAAUCUCAAGUCAUUACUCUGCUCCUUUCCCUCUUCCUAGCCCUCAUUGUAACUUGCCAUGGCAAGGGUGGCAUUGCCACAUACUGGGGCCAAAACGGCAACGAAGGAACCUUGGACCAAGCCUGUGCUCCCGGGACCAACUACUCAUACGUUAAUAUAGCCUUCCUUAACCAAUUCGGAAAUGGCCAAACCCCUGCAAUCAACCUUGCUGGCCACUGUAACCCAGCAAACAACGGCUGCACCGGUGUCAGCACCGGCAUAAGAGCUUGCCAAAGUCGUGGAAUCAAGGUCAUGCUCUCCAUAGGAGGCGGUGCCGGAAGCUACUCUCUAGCUUCCCCGGCAGACGCAAAGUCCGUAGCGGAAUACCUCUGGAACAACUUCUUGGGUGGGCAAUCAUCGUCACGUCCUUUAGGUCCUGCAGUUUUGGACGGAAUUGACUUCGAUAUUGAGCAAGGGUCGACUCUGUACUACGACUAUCUCGCUCGCUACCUCGCCAGCUACAGCAGCCAAGGAAGAAAGGUAUAUUUAACGGCAGCUCCACAAUGCCCAUUUCCGGAUGCACACUUAGGGACUGCCCUUAAUACCGGCCUCUUCGACUACGUAUGGGUUCAAUUUUACAACAAUCUUCAGUGCGAGUACAGUUCAGGUAGUACCAGUAAUCUCAUUAGUUCAUGGAACCGGUGGACUACAUCCAUCAAUGCAGGAAAGAUACUUAUGGGGUUGCCAGCCUCGCCAGCGGCUGCUUCAAGCGGGUAUAUUCCGCCGAACGUGCUGAUUUCACAAGUGCUUCCGGUAAUAAAGAAGUCAGCCAAGUAUGGAGGAGUUAUGCUUUGGAACAGGUACUAUGAUGAGCAAACCCAAUACAGUGCCGCUAUUGUGGGAAGUAUAUGAGCGUAAGGAUUGGACUAUCCUCAGAAAGUGCAUCAUUUUAAUACUAAUUAAAUAAAUUACGUGUUCCUUGUGGUCUCAUGUAUGGCCGACUGCCUCUCUGCUUCACAAGAACAUGUUUUCAUUGGGAUAUGAGAUAAUGAAAAUGCUAUAAUUAU